GUCACCGCAGAGAAGCAUUAACACUUUGUGGCUGACUUGCCUGCUUGGCAAUGCGUACCCGAUCCUUAGACUGUGUAAAAAGAAAAUGCACCUAUUCAGGGUCAUCGUAUAUAUACCUUGGGGUUGAGAAGGGAGGGCAUCGUGGUUUUUAUUUUCACACAGCUCGUCAACCCUGUCACGUCAUUCGUUCUUGGGCGCUUCAAAGCUCGUCUUUCUGCUCGGAUUCCUGUCCAACUGUCUUUCGUUGCAAGUCAUACAAUGUUGCUGGAAAAGGAUUCCGGGGCUCAUGUCACCAGCACAGCAUAUCCGCGUCACGUUCCCGUCUGGCGGCAAUGUCUCAAUAUUAUCUGCUGCUUUCUUUCCGCGCCAAUUUACUUCUUGAUGACUAUGUCGACUCACUACCCCGUCACACUUGAUAUACUCUUGACUAUAAUACUAGCAGAGCUGAACCGUUUCUACAAUCAACGGAGACGAGAAAAGCUUCAAGAAUUGAACGGUCAGGAUGAGAGUCCUGUACGAGAGAAAGAAGACUGGCUGAAGUGGGAGUUGAACGUCGAAAAGGCAGCCCCGCGACUGGACUGCAUGGCCGCCGUUGUUGGCUGGAGGGAAGAUCCAGAUCUGUUUUCACGCGCGCUGGAGAGCUACAAAGGCACGGAGGGAUGUACGUUCCUCUUGGUGGGUGUCGAUGGUGACGAAGCAGAGGAUCAGGACAUGGUUGACGUGUUCAAUCAGGUUUACCCUGAACGUUCAGCCGUUAUCCAUAUCUCAGAACCACUAGGCGAGCUUGCAGAGCGCACAAGGGCCAAGCUCGUCGCCAUGCGCUUGCAAGACGGCCAGCCGGUUGAUGACGCCGAAAUCGACAAGCAGGCGAUGCAGCACUGCAUCGCCCUCGCCCGCACCAUCCUCGACCACCACAACCUCACCAUCGGGGGCGACUACCACACCGGUAUCCGGCAGGUCUGCCUCCGUCAGCGGCACAUGCACAAAAAGGGCAUCAUGUUCACGACCUUUGUCUUCUCCCUCGUCAUCGCAGAUAUUCUCGGCAUCGAGUUCCUCUGGUCCUCCGACAGCGACACCAUCGUUUUCGAGGAUUCCAUCUCGCGCACCGUCGACUCCAUCGCCGCGGACCCGCGGAUCGGCGGCGCCUCGUCCGGGCUCGUUGUGCACAACUCUGCCGAGACGGCCGUUACCAAACUAGCAGCCACCAUCUACUGGGGCGAGCUGUAUCUGACGCGCUCGUCGACCGCCGUGACGGCCACCAGCGACUGCCAGAGCGGGCCGAGCUCCGUCUUCCGCCUCGCGGCGCUGCCCGACAUACUGGUGCCGUGGUACCUGCAGACGGUCCUGGGGAAGCGGAUGAUCAUCAACGAGGACAGGCACCUGACCACGAACCUGCUGCUGAGGGGCUGGGGCGUGGUGUACGCGAGCGAUGUGCUCGCCGCCACGGACACGCCGACGACGAUGAGCAAGUGGCUCAAGCAGCAGCUGCGGUGGGCGAGGGCGACGCACAUCGAGAGCCUGCUCAUGCCGCGCGUGUACCUGAGGACGCACCCGUUGCUGUUCUUUGGCAUGGCUAAGCGGGAGUUUGGGCCGGUCCUCGGUGCCGUUGCCGUGGCGUACUACCUACUGACGUCUCGAAAACUUGUGUCGGUGUCCUUUGCUGAUGUCGGGAUAAGGAUGCUGUUAGGCGUCUUGUACAACGUCCUGCGGAAUCCCGACCGCCUAGGGAGAGGAAUUGGUGCUUCCGGAAAAUGGGUUGUCCCGGGUUUCUUCUUCUACUACAUCCCGCUUCCAGCAGUCCAUGUCUGGAGCAUGCUGACUUUGACGGCUGACGGAUGGGGGACGAGCAUGCGAGCAGAUGGAGAUACUAUACCGGCAACAGUGAGCGGAGAAAAGCCGCAAUUUGAUUUGGGGUUCUUUGUUGUGUGGAUUGGUGUGCUGGCUGCAGCUUCGGCGAAGUGGGCUGCGUGCUAUCAUGAUCUCGACCUGUUGAACACAGGACUUUUGAUGAUUAUUAGCAUCAGCAUUGCCAGUUUUGGAGCAUGGAGACUUACAAUUUGAGGAGCAAAUGUGGCCGUGCGUUAGAUGUCGGCGAGGAGUCGGCUGAUGAUAGACUAUAUAGAUUCGUUAGGCCCAUAGCCUUUUUGUUAAAACUCAAGACAGCAUCGAUCUUUCUUAGUAUUGGAUAAGUGGUUAUGAGCGUGAGAAGCGCCGAGAUAUCGGUCUGUGAGUGUGUAUAUGCUUCUAGUACUCGAAUGUGGGGCCAUCCUACUUCUAAGUUAAGAUGCGGGCUGGAUGAAGAAAUUAGCGGUGUCAAUGAUGUAUGGACAUUGCUUUUCGAUGGGUGGAGAUUGCAGCUCGAUAGGUUCUUUAUCGCAUGCAACAUUAUAUCAAAUGCCAAUUAUGAGCCAUUCCAUUCGUCUCUACGUCAGCACUCAUAAGAGACAAAUGCAGCUACUCGCAAAAUCACAUCCGAGAGAGUUUACAAGAUUUCUCAGAAAGAAAGGCAAAAUUUGUUAUGGUGCGGGAAAAAAACAGCUAGGCAUUG